CAAGUAUUAUGUGUACAAGUACAGCACGUUAUCUUCGCUGUCCAGUAUGAUGGCGAGUUGUUAUUACUUAUUACUGGUUGAGUUCGGUCAAGGUGACGCAUACGGCAUACCCAGUAAAUCGGCGUUCGCGCAUAAAUGUCCAUUGUAAUUUCAAGUUUUACGAUGAGUAGAAAAGUAGGGCCGCAGUUUUACGAAAACAUUCUUAAUAACCACCACCGAAUGUACGAAACUAGCUAUUUCUAAAAUGUUUGCAUUUUCAGAAACGUUGACGACAAGCUCAACAAAAUCCAGAAUCCAUGUUACAAUAUUUUGAUACUUGAUGUCGGGGUAGGAAGUUUAAAAUGAUCAAAAGUGAUCGGUUGUUCAGACAUAAUCGCGGGCAACUGUUAGUAAAUGCCCGAUACGUACAAUGGAAACUUACAUACUCAUAUAAAUAGCCAAUACACAUUAAAGCACUUUACGUAAUUCUUAUCGAAACGAGAUAAAGUCGCUUUUGAGAUAACACACACGUAUUGUAUCCAAUAGAAGUUUGUAGAUAAUUUGCAUUUGUUUAGUCGAUCAGUGUAUUGCCAUUAAAUUAGUGAUUCGGUGCUAUUUCAUGAGGAUGAAUUGGAAGCGACCUGCGUCGUUUCCAGUGGGACAAGUGUGGAGCAGGUUUCAGGGAAGAGAGAGAGAUGGGAAACCAGCUUGUAUGUACCAAAUUCGUGACAUGGAUGAACGGUGGCGGAAGCAGUGUCUGGACAUGAUGCAGAAGACAUUUAUUGAUGAUGAACCACUGUGUCAAAUAUUGGAGAUCGAGAAGGAUCCAGCUUCUAUACAAACGAUCAGGUCCAACUGGGAAGAUAUAGCAGACCAAGGUCUCUGCAUUGCAUGCUUUACCGAGGAGCUAGGACAGCCUAAAGACCUGGUGGGUUUUAACAUAUUGUUGGUGAAGAGCCGGGAAGAUGCUGAGGAGAAUUUAGAUACUAUAAAGGGUGAGCAAUGGAAGAAACUGCUGAGGACCCUGACAGUGGCCGAACAGCUUGUGGACGUUUUUGACUUGUACAAGGUAGACCAGAUCUUAACUUCCAGUGGAUUGACGGUCCUACCUGGGCACCGGGGACAGAACAUAGGCGCCAGGAUCAUUGCGGUUAGAGAGCAAAUAUGCAAGACGUUCAACAUUUAUGGCGUAGCAACGGUUUUCACAGCGAUCACCUCACAAGUUCUGGCGGCCAAAUGUGGCUAUCGUACCCUGGCUGAGUUAAACUAUGAAGACAUGAAACCGUACGGGAUAGACCUCACCGGAUGCACAACUAAAAGCGCGAAAUUAAUGGGAAUCAAGUAUACAUUUUAGAGCAAUAAUUACGAAAAAGUUCCUUUUUCUUGUAUUUACGUUACUGUAAUAAGUGUAUGCUAAGUUUUACAUUUAGAAUAAAAGAAUGCAAAAUACAGUGAACGAUCAUCGACAGUUUUUAAAUAUUAAUUAUUAGUUAAUUUUAUAAUACGUAUGCCAUUAAAUUAAAAAAAAAAUUUUUUA